GCCACCGGAUUUCCAUCCGUCGGAAAACUGGAAACCGGCCGCGGCCGGGACGCACGUCGGGCUGAUGAAGGACCCACCGCUGCCACGGAACGGACCGACCAACUUCAUCCAGCCGACACAGCAACAGGGGGCAGUUAUGAUGGUUUACGGGCUCGAUAACGGAACGGCCAACACCGAUAAGCUGUUCAACUUGUUCUGCCUGUACGGCAACGUGGUCCGGAUAAAGUUCCUGAAGACAAAGGAAGGCACCGCCAUGGUACAGAUGGGUGACGCCAUCGCCGUCGAGCGUUGCGUCCAGCACCUGAACAACAUUCCAAUAGGAAAUGAUGGCAAAAUUCAGAUCGCAUUUUCCAAGCAAAACUUCCUGUCCGAGGUCACCAACCCGUACACGCUGCCGGACCACACGCCCAGCUUCAAGGAGUACACCGGCUCGAAGAACAACCGUUUCCUGUCGUUGACUCAGGCGAGCAAAAAUCGCAUCCAACCGCCAAGCAAGAUUCUUCAUUUUUUCAACACCCCACCGGGUCUGACCGACGAGCAACUGAUUGCUGCGUUCGCCGUCAGCGAUUGCCACCCGGCCCAGGUCCGCAUGUUCCCGCUGAAAUCGGAACGCUCGUCGUCCGGUCUGGUCGAGUUCCCGAGCGUUGCACUAGCCGUCCAGGCGAUCAUGAAAUGUAACCACACCGCCAUCGAUCACAAAGGCACAAAAUUUCCGUUCAUCAUGAAGCUCUGCUUUUCGUCCUCGAAAACGAUGAACGGGGCGUGGAACAAUGAGAACAUAGAGAACUUGAAGCAGGUUGGCGUUUCGGCCCCCACGACACCGGGCGCGGAAGACGAACCGAUGUAGAUAAGCAGCAGCAGCGCCAGUUGAGACAUCAUCAAGAAGCAGUUUGGGGCAAAACAGUGUGGCACCGCGUCAUUACAUCCAGCAGCAGCAGCAGCCUAGCGGGCCACAACACAACAACCAGCAGCAGCAGCAGCAGAACUCAUCAUCAUCUUAAACCAUCGUACUUGUGUGUCGACUAUGGCGCACAUUCAUGAAAACCCUUAUCAUCACCGUAGGUUCUACCAUCGCAUACGCUCUUCUAUCACCUACGCGUUGGGAACGUCCCGAGAAUGAACGGGGCCAGAAACCUAUCAUCCCGCCAAUUGCCAGGGGCAGCUAAGGGGCAAAUCUAUAUGGAUAAAGACAAACGCAGUGCAGAGUAAAUGCUUCGCCUAGCCCACAACAGUUGUGAUGAACAUUAGGAUUCGUCCAUCAAUAUUACGAGAUUGAGAGAGAAAUAUUUUUAGGAAUGCAUCAAAUACGAACCCCGCGUGAAGCAGAAAAGAAGUGUGUGAAAGAACACUGCAACUAGGACAGGCGGCCGAACAUCAGUCUUCUUCUCUCAGACAUACAGAGACUUCUCAACAAUCACCAGGGCAGCCCCCACAAUCUUCGGUAGCGACCCGGUUUUCCGGCCCGGUUUUUGGUGCAAGUUGAGAGUGUGGACCGUCGUGCACCGUAUAAAUGUUUACGCGCUGAUAUUUUAAUAUAGGCUAAUAUGGGAAGCGACGUGCAAGAUGACCGGACCGGAAAGGCUUUAUUUUGGGUGUCUCCCCGCUCCGUUCCCCUCGGAAUUCCACACGGAAUUCACAUUAUAGUACCCCACAGAGAGUCACACAAUCAACUGGGAAAAGAAAAGACUGGUGGAAACAAAACCCUACCGAUCGCCGCUCUGUCGCCGUGUGGCGAGCACAGAUGAGAAGCAAACGAAUGGUCACGAAAAUCAAGAGUCACGUGGAGCAACGGUGGAUGUGUUAGCUUUGAAACCAAAAACCGAUGGAGGGUGGUAAAAUCACUAAAAAGAAACACGUGUCGGCGGGUCGGCCCGGCAAAUUCGAUGUGUGUUCAUUUUUUUUUUAAUUAAGUGCCCCAUUAUUGUGAAGAUCAUUUUCCCAUUUGUUGUUUCUUUCUCAUAUACUUAGUACCUUGUUUUCGCUUUUCGUUUCCGUUGAGCCCCUUCAACUUUCGCCCCGUUCUCUUCUCUUCUCUGCUCUACUGCUACUCUCUAGAGACCUCUAGACGCUAGAAGCUACACACCACUUACACAAGAAGAAGAAAAAAGACAUUAUUUAUUGUGUUUACUAAUAGAUUGUAGAGAAAUCACAUGCACACGACCGGGGAGAGGCAAAAUGAAUCACUAAAAUGCGCAGAAUAGGAGAAUGUGUGCGCUGAUUGGACCAUUUAAUCGCGCUAACGACAAAAGUGAGACGGCAGCUUCUCCCGCUGCGCAUGAUCGUUCGAUCGUUUUGUUUUUGUGAUGAAAGUAUGCAUGCAAAGUGUGAUCGGGGCAAGGGGAAAUGAAAGCAGCCAAUUGUAUUUAAUGAGCGUGUUGUGUAUACGUUAGAUAAAGGUAGAGUGCAACGAAGGCAUAGGCAUAAAAGAGGAUGGUAUUUGUUUUGCGACUUUUUUUUAUUUUGUCACUUUCGAGUUAGGCUUAGAGUUCGGAGGCAAUGUACCAAAAGCGAAACGUCGUGAGGGGGGAAGAUCGCGAGGAAGAUCGGGCGACGAGCGCAGGUUGUUAGGGCUACCGCGUGGGGUUAACAUACACCAUCCACCACCAAAAAAACAAGCAUAACACACUACGCGCCAGCUUUCGAUGCUCCAAUAGGUACACUUUGUGCGCCACAAACAUCAGUAACACACGUGACACAAUUAAACUUGCGGGAAGCUUAAGCACUCUACACAACAAAGUGCAACAGGCAAGGUGAGUACACUACUCUGCUCAUCAAUUGUUUACCCGUAACACACACACACAUACACCGUAAAAUGUGUUUAGUGUAAGUCGUUAAUUGAUAGAACAACAACAGCAACAACAACAACAUACCCACCCUCACACACGAAACAACUGCACCACACACACACACACCCCACGGCCACGGAGAGGCUUCACAUAAGACAAUAGUUUUACACAUACUCUCUGUUCCCGCAAGCGAACGCCACCAUCGGCGCUGUCGCGCGCCACUGUUAGCCGCGGCUGUAAGGACAUGUAAGCAAAACGUGGGCACUCACUGGAAUUGGAAAAGAUUCGAGAUAUUAUCUGAUCAUCAUUGUUUGUUUUAAUUGUUCGUUUCGCAACUCACUACGUUGUUAGCGCCUAGGUUCGAUUUGAUGUAUAAGUCGUUUUGUUAGAGCUUUUACUCUUAACUAUAUUACUGUAUUUAGUCUAGUUUAGCGUAGUUCUAACUACUUCAAUAACGGACGGUGAGGAAGCGGUGAUCGUUUCGCUUGUGGCGUAAAAUGCAAUAUUAGAAUACGAUAGAGCAGAGCACCGAAGCAAAAGGAGGAGCUAUCCAUCCCCCGCUGACUGAAGUGGCGGACAACAGAGCUGCUGUGGAAAAGCGGCAAUAGUAGCGAGGCAAGAGACAGAGAGCGACAGAGAGCAAAGGAACUCGUACGUUCAGUUACGUUACUAUUGUUUUGUUCAAUUGGUUACUUUUUGUUUUUAUUUGAACACAACAUUCGUUUCGUUUCGGUACCUUUUAUUUUGUUUGCAAUAAAGAGGAAAGAUAUUCAGAUUUGGAA